CAUGUUUCCGGAAGAAAGUCACAGUCGUUUCUGCCACUGCAACUGACAUGCGGGACUAUGAAGAAAUUGUCGCGUUUCUGGGAGAAUGGGGACCGUACCAGAAGUUUAUAUUUUUCAUCUUGAGUUUUAGCACCUUUAGCAACGGUUUUUGCGGACUCUCCUUUGUAUUCGUUGGUGAUGUACCGGAACACCGCUGCUUAAUUCCUGGGAAUCUCAACCUCAGUGAAGCAUGGAGGAACAGGACAAUUCCUCUGAUACAAGGUGCCGAACUACAGCAUAGUAAAUGCACUCGGUACCGGCUGAACGUGAUAAUGAACCUUUCGGAGACAUUCCCCGACCCCGAUUUCCUCAACAUGUCUGAGAUCGAACAGGAACCGUGUCUGGAUGGAUGGGAGUACAGUAAGGAGCAGUACAUCUCCACUAUCGUCUCCGAGUGGGACUUGGUAUGUAAAGAUGAUUGGAAAGCUCCGUUUUCUGUGUCGAUGUUCUUUGCAGGCGUGCUGGUUGGUUCCCUUGUUUCUGGCCAAUUAUCAGACAGGUUUGGAAGAAAGCUAGUUCUAUUUGGAACGAUGGCUGUACAGUGUAUAUUCAGCAUUGCUCAAGUGUUCGCUCCAAGCUGGGAAAUAUUCUGCCUUCUUAAUUUCCUCAUUGGUCUCGGACAAAUAUCAAACUAUGUAGCUGCCUUUGUUCUUGGAUCAGAAAUUCUCGGAAAAUCCACUCGGCUUGUGUACAGCACAUUGGGAGUGUGCAUUUCUUAUGCUCUUGGCUACAUGUUGCUGCCCUUCAUUGCAUACUUUCUAAGAAACUGGCGGAUACUGCUUUUGGCUCUUUCUCUCAUAGGCCUGACAUACAUUCCUUUGUGGUGGCUUAUUCCUGAAUCUCCACGCUGGUUGUUGGUAAAAGGAAGGGUAAAGGAGGCAGAAGAAAUACUCCAAUAUAUUGCAAAGAAGAAUGGUGUCACUCUCCCAGAGUUGCUUCUCGAUGAACCUAAGCUUGAAGAUAUGAGAACCAGACAAGCACAGUCUUACACAGUUUUCCAUCUUGUUAAAACUUAUAACAUCCGAGCUAUCACUGUCAUUAAUGUUCUGAUAUGGAUAAUUACAGCAGUUGGGUACCAUGGCCUGUCCUUGAGCACUCCCAAUCUUCAUGGUGAUAACUAUUUGAACUGCUUCUUCUGUGCCGCCAUUGAGGUUCCUGCCUACACAGCAGCCUGGUUUUUCCUUCGGAGGUUUUCACGCAGGUUCACCCUUUCAAGCACAACUUUUUUUGGUGGAGCUGUUCUUAUACUCACCCAGUUUAUGCCUUCAGGACUUACCACGGCACUGGUGAUGAGUGGAAAACUUGCAACUACAUGUGGCUUCUCCAUGAUCUACGUCUACACAGCUGAGCUGUACCCAACAGCAGUAAGAAAUAUGGGUGUUGGAGUCAGUUCAAUGGCCAGCAGGAUAGGCAGCAUUGUCUCACCUUAUGUUUUUCAUCUUGGUGUUUAUGAUAAGUUUUUGCCUUUUACUCUAAUGGGAAUUCUUACAGCAUUCUUAGGACUUCUUGUUUUGUUGCUGCCUGAAACAUUCAAAAUCCCUCUCCCAGACACCUUUGAACAGAUGCAAAAUGUAAAGGGACUCAAAUGUGGAAGUACGAGUAAAGGUCACAUCAGGUCUUAUAAAAAAGGAAAACCUGAACAUAAUGAUCAAAACAAUGAGGAAAAUUAAUCCAGCAACUGAUCUGCAGCGGUACAGAUGAACAAUCACUUUCCCGGUUUACUCUGUAUUGCAAUGACAUAUAUUGAAGAAACCAGAAUGUAGUGAUACAACCAGAAUACUCAGGGAUAAGUGUAAAACACACAGACCAACAGAAUAUCGCACAAUUUAGAUUUCUAGAAGAUCCUCAAUUUUAUACUAGUUCACUUAUAAUUUUUGAGAACAUGCUUUGUCAAGUUAUUUUUACUAUUUAAAAAAUGUAUCAUUGGAGCAUGCCAGCUACUCAGCUGCCUACCAUUUCAUCGCUGGCCACUUUUAAUACCAGCUACCAGACUGAGGGUGUUAGCACUAUCCUGAUGUAGCUCAACAGCAUGAGGUCACCCUGUAUAAAUCUGUCUCAAUCACCAGCAAAACACUGCUCCUGAAGAUGCCAGAACACUUAAGGGGAAGUUAGCGUGGCUGAAACUCAGCAGAUCUUAUAUUCAGUUUACUUUAAAAAAGUAGUCACGUUCUUAUGCUCCCAAAGCUGAAAACAAAUGAGAGGGAGAGACUUGACCACUUAACUGUAGGCCCCUUUGAAAUUUAAGCUUUUUUAAAUAGAACAGUAAUAAUUACAAACUCCAUUUGAGCACAUAACACUCACUUAAAAUCCAUCAAAUGAAGUGAAAUUAACCCAUACAAAAUAACAUUCUCUAGUUUCUCUUCAAAGAGAGUAAUUUUGCUGUGAGGUAACAAUUGCAGUUGAUACUGUUUCCUAUUUCUGAAAGACAUUAUUCCUGCUCCAUUCCUCCAUAUGGAAUCAUAAUUCCCAUAGUUGAAAUAAAAUGGGAAAUGCAUCAUUUGUGUCAAAUACAUGGAGAAAAGUUACAAAACAAAUAGUUGUACAUUAAGAUAUUUCUCAGCAUAGUAGCUGAACAAGUGAGUAUUCAUCAAUAAAAUAACCCUGAUUGAAAUAGCAUUUGGAGAUAAUAACUUGACAAUGAAGAAAUAUAGUAAUGUUCUGUAAACAGAAUAAAUUGCAAAGUAGCAUUUAAGAUGAAUGCGCAUAAGUCAAACUCAAGAAUAGAGUUUCCCAAUAUCAGGGUAUAAAGAGAUACGGGUAACUUAGAUUAGUUGGGUAUAGGGAUCUUAGAUUUUUUUUCUCAGGUCGUUUCGGGGAAUAAAGUUGGGUAGAUGGUGAGCAGGUCAUCAGUUAGUUGAUUGAGGAAUUUGAGCAGACAAGUGGUGAUAGUAUCAGCACGAAGAGGUUAACACAUUCAUGGAUAAGGGUUCAUAGAGGUGAUAUGCCUGCAAGUGAAAAUACAGGAAGGAAUGUUUGGAGCGAUCCUCUAAAAAUGAUAUAGUUAUUCUGGCAAUCUUGCAUAAUUGAUUGUAAACUGUGAAUGCAGAAGUUGAUACUGGUUCAAUGGCGCGUUUUACUGAAAUAAAAUGGGAUCAUUGUUAUUAGUCAUUACGGUUAUUAAAUCUACUUUUAGGGAUUAGGUGUGAAUAAUGUAACUGAAAUACUGGAAUUUGUUUGCUCGUAUACGAAUAAAUUAUAGGAUUUAAAUAUGUAUUAUGACAUGUUCAAAUCUGUUUUAUCUGAUAUUUACUUUCUAUAUUUCUUUUCCUUCACCAACUAUGGGCUUCAUUGAUGAGGCUGGUAUUUAUUGACCACUCCUACUUCCUCCUGAAUUUGUCGUUAGAUCAUUCUGAGGUCACUUACUAGUCAAUCGCACUGGUAAAAAAUUACACAGUCUGGAUAAUACUGUUCUAUUCGGCACAUAA